AUGAACGACACCCAAAUCAAGAUUCUCGUCAUCGUUCUUGCGACAGCGGUCCCCGUGGGCCUCAUCGCCAUCAUUACGACUGUCCUCUGCCGCAGGUCCCGACAGCGCCGUUUCCUUUUCCUCAAGAGGGGCAUCACCCCCAUUGAUGAUGAGGAGAUUGAAUCAUGGAGGACGGACAAGGCUGAUGAGAAGACGCCCAUCAUCGAACAAGCAGCUUUCCGGGCUGAGGCUCAACAAGAGGACUAUCAGCACCAUCAGCGCCAGCAGAGCUCCAUCUCCAUCUGCAAGCCACCCAGUGUCAUCAUAUACCAGAAUGGCCAGUCUCGAGCAUCGGAGGAGCUGACAGCUCACACCGUUAAGCACAAGCGCAGCAUGGACGUUCCCCAAACCCCAGUCCUCGCCCGUGCCCCAAACUCGCGCCCCGGCCUCACCGACGAGACUGUGCAAGGUGACGAUGCCUUCAUCCCUACCCUCAAGCGUCAGCCUUCACGUCUGGCAAAGCUUCCGCCCACUGCCUCACGACAGAGCCGCACCCGUGGCAGCCGAAGCAGUACCGUGAGCGUUGCAGGGCAUCACGACCAUUGGCAUGGACAUCACCCGGACAAACACGCCUUGACCCGGAUGUCCAGUGACUACCUACCCCGAGCUAACCGGUCCCUUGACAUGCGGAGGCAAAAGCGGGUUCAUUCUAUUUCGACUCCCCCACGGUUGUCCUUUGACGACGAUAUUUACCUCGGUGGCCUCUCACCCCGGCCGUUGAUCCGCCAGUCAGAGAUUGGCCGUGCCAUCGGCUGA